AGGCGCUUUUCUUCUAGUAUUCAACCAGAUAUAUAUAAAGUUUUUCAAAUUCUUGACCAUUAAUUAAGACUUCCUUAACCAUUAUAUAUUUCGAAUUCUUGACGGAGUUGUUCAUCAAAAUAUACAUAUACUUUCUUGACUCAUCAGUGUAACAAAAACUUUACGAGCAGCAGAAAGGAGGGUUUCCUUUUCACCCGCGACCCGAAACCGUAACUGAACCCGAAACCGUAAGGACACACCCAUGACCGACCCGGUUAUAAACAAGACUAAAGAAGGCAGAGAAGAGGGACAGGGAGUCUCAAUGGCUCCAGCCAAGAAGCGAAAGGCCAAAGCCAAACCCAACGCUCCCGCCGAGUCGACUCAGUCAAAUUUCCCGGCGUGUAUUCGCUCCGUACCUCCCUCCUCAGUCGCCAUCACCAUCCACGCCAAACCCGGCUCCAAACUCGCCUCCAUCACCGAUUUCAGCGACGAGGCAUUGGGUGUGCAGAUCGACGCGCCCGCCAAGGACGGCGAAGCUAACGCCGCCCUUCUCGACUUCAUGAGUUCCGUGUUGGGUGUAAAAAGAAGGCAGGUUUCUAUUGGAUGUGGUUCUAAAUCAAGAGACAAGGUUGUUAUUGUAGAGGAGAUGACUUUACAAAGUGUUUUUGACAUUCUGGAUAAAGCUUCAAAGUGCAGCGCAUAGAGCGAGAGAUGUAAAUUUGAAUCGGGAGAGAACUUGUGAAGCUUACCUGAUGUUAGCACCUAGCCAUGGCAUAGUUGAUUUAUCCAAGUAUGUGUGGAAAAGUUUCCUACCGAUAGUUUAGCUGCUUUGUAUUGUUUCCCUGUUUACAACAAAAAGUUAUUUAUAAAUGCAAAUUAUGCUUAAAUGUAAUCAACUAAUACUAUGAUUACAUUUUAACUGUCUCAAAUAUUAAUCCCUUCAUAGUUCGUUUUCCCCUUUAUCUCAUAAACCUUUUUAGAU